CCCCAUGCUUCCUCGCACGCUGUCUCCAUCUCUGUCCACCUGUCUUCCUCUCACACAUCCUCCAAAGUGCUCUCAGUCCCUUUCCAGUCAACACCGUCACCGCCAUCGCUACUUCAUCGUGAGCUUCUUCACUGUCGCCAACUCACCAACGCCAAUCUUACCCCACGCCACCCGUUGCCCAUCCCGCAUGCUGCCGCGCUGUGUUGAUUGUUUGUCUGACCUGAGACCGCGGCACCCGGCUGCUCGAUGCCAAAAGGAUCAUCCCCGAACCCAGAUAGAUCUCUUGGCCCCAUGAUGGCCAGAUCCUCCGCGCUUGAGUUGCCGACAGCGGGGAGUUCUGAAAUGGAGGGGUUCACGAUGGAGAUUCAAUUUCAUCAGUCAUUGACCCCUCUGCCGCCUCCACAGCCCGCUACUAUUGCUUCUACCUACCCUUGUCAUGAUCUAUUGUCCGCUGAUACCGCACACAGCUUUCUUUGCGCAACUUCUUUGUUGCCAGCGCGGCAAAUAUUUUCUUUGAUGCUGUGCAAUCUUCAACAAUGACAUUACUCGAGUACCUGCGCACCUCCGUCUCCAUCUCUCGUACUGCCGCCUGCUCGCUCGACUGAAAUCAAUGUUCUACCGUCGCCCUCACACGGUUGACCGGUGCCCCCCCCCCCCC